CCGUCAAGUGUCAUUACUCACAUGUCACACUUGUCUGAAUAGAAUUGGUGUGAUAACUGAUUUUGUUAAUUUUUAAAGAAUAAAAAAUUAAAAGUCACCACGAGCAUUAAAUCGCAAUAUAACACUAUGUUUUUGAAAUGCUUAUUGGAAAAUAAAGCACUAUUCUUACAAUAUUAUUGUAAAAGAAACUUAAAUAAUAAUGUAACCAGUAUUACAAAAAUACACAGGGAAUUAUAUACAAGAAUGUACCCUACAAAAGUAGUUCUAGCGAAUGGUGCAUCUAUUAAUAUUAGAUACCACGAACCCCGAAAAAUAAUAAAGCUACCCUUAGAUCUAUCUCUUUUAUCAGAAGCAGAGAAAAAGAUAAGACUGGAUAAAAGGAAACCUAAGAAGAAGGUUAAAAUCACUGAAACUUUAGACGAUAACUUUAAUGCUAAGAAGUACUUAAAAUAUUUAAAGAAGUGAUA